GCGUAACACCUAUACUUGCGUACAGGUUGUCGCAGUGACUGCAUCAACGAUCAAACUUCGCACAGACUAUUACUAGCAAAUUAAAGCGAGAGUCUUGCAUUGCUAUGGCUGAAUCAAGUAACAGCGCAAGUACCUCCAGUUGCUCGAGUAGAGAAGACCUCAAUAUCUGUCAAAAACAGCCGGGCGAUCGAGACAAAACAGAUUGUGAAGGCGCCGGUGCGGCAACACCACUAAGAAGCUCAACAGAUUCAGACUGGGAUCGAUUGUUUCAAAGACAACGGAGUGAGUUGAUGUAUGAACUAAGAAAACUACAACACGGAGACAAACCUGUCACUGGUAAAGGAGCAAGAGAGACAGUGGAAAACUUCUUGCAAGAGAGCUUGCGUCCCGCAGCUGAACGUCGACCAAGAGAGCGUAAACCAGAUGAUCCUAUGGUGCUUGAAGUUCGAGGCUUGUUUGAGCAAAAGAGGGUGUCUUCAGUUUUGCAAAGUAGUGACUUCAAGCGUGAUUUGGAAAAUGCCAUCCGUGGGACUAUUGUCAGACAGGAGAAGGAAGCAGAUAAAGCAAGACGAAAUCAAGAACUGGCAGCUGCAGCCAUUGAUGAUAACUGGGACACGCUGAGUCAGUCGAGUUACAGCAGUGCUGUUAGUUCUCACUCUUCAUUUGAGCAGAAUCCAUGGCAACCUUUUCCAUCCCAGUUCAUGCACCCCUCGUUUGUGCCCGCAAUGCAGGGUCCUCAAUACCUCCCACUAGCUGGAGAUAUGCAGCAGCAUAUGCCACCUCAGCACAAUGUGACACAGCAUAUGCCACCUCAACCGUAUAUGUCACCACAGCAGCAUAUGCCACCUCAGCACAAUGUGACACAGCAUAUGCCACCUCAACCGUAUAUGUCACCACAGCAGCAUAUGCCACCUCAGCACAAUGUGACACAGCAUAUGUCACUACAGCAGCAUAUGCCACCUCAUCCAUAUAUGUCACCACAGCAGCACAUGCCACCACAGCAGCAUAUGCCACCUCAUCCAUAUAUGCCACAUCAGCGGCAUAUUGCAUCUCAACAACAACAGCAGCAAUGGAUGACACCCCAAAUGUCAACACCACAACACUCUAUGUCGUCAUAUCAUGGUCUGUCACAACCAAGGCAAGCAAUACAACAUCAAAUUCCAUCACAACAUAUGCCACCACAGACGUCACCACUGCUAAGACAGUCACUAUGGCAACAAUCACAGAAUCGCAUACAGUCUGUACAACGUGGCCAGCAACAAACUGGCAGUUCCUUUGAAGCCUUCCGACAAGCACAGAGAGAGGAAUUUGUGCAUGAGAUUAGCGAUCUUGUACACAGACGGCUGGUAUCUCAAACACUGGACAGUGAUUUCAGGGGACAUUUAGAGAUACGUAUGCAGAAUCAUCUUGCCGAGUCUACAGGCACUGAGACUGGCUCCCAAGUGGCAGAUUUUAUUCAAUCUUUACAUUCAAGUACUCCACAUAGAAGGAAUGAUUUCAGUCAUCUUGGUAUCCAUUCACCAGACACUGAUAACAUUGCUGCAGCUGCACAGGGCAACAUGAAUCCUAACUUUGUAUCUCUGAAACAAGAAUUAGAAGAACUAAAAUCAAUGGUUAGAAUGAAUUUUGAGAUGCAGUUAGAUAUCCAAAGAGCUAUUAGGCAAGAAGUUGCAGCAGCUUUAUCGACUAUUGCAGGAGGAACAAAUCAACAGCAGUGCAGCGCCCAUUCUACAUCAUCCCAAGUGAUUAAAAAUGGCAAUUGUUUGAUAUGUCUGGACAGGGCAGUCGAUAGUGUGCUCUAUCAAUGUGGUCACAUGUGUGUGUGUACAACAUGUGGCUUGAAUCUCCAAGGUCAAGGGUUACAUUGUCCAAUAUGCCGGGCACCAAUCCGUGAUGUCAUAAGAGCUUAUAAAUGUGUGGCUGAGCCAGAUAAUGAUGAAGACAGUUCAGAUCCAGGAAAUGAAUAAAUUAUUGAACACUAGGUUUACAUGCACAUAAUAAAGACAGUGCAGAUCUCCAAAUGGAGGCACUUGGAAAGGGGGGGGGGGUUGUCAUCCUAUAGUUGGUGGGCAAUAACAAAACAAACAAAUGAAAGUUGUUGUCUCAUUUUCAAUGGAACUGGGUACUUAGAAAUUUAUUUUUUAUGUCAAAUUUAGAAUACUAUCUUUUUGUAUGGUUUUUGUUCUAGAUGUCACUUACAUACAGAUUAUAAAUUAACAUAUGCAAUUUUUAUCAUAAUCCAGUAUUUUACUGUAAGCAUUGAUGAACUUGGAUUAAAGAUAUUUAGAAAUUAAUAUUG